AUGACUGUCACUGAAAUCACAAGCAAAGCCGACUUCCUAGAGAAGAUCCUCGGCACAGAAGACCCUGUCCUCCUCGACUGCUACGCGGAUUGGUGCUCACACUGCAAAGCCAUUGCACCCAAGUUUGAUGAAUUGAGCAACACCUACACCCAAGUCAAAUUCUACAAGGUGGACGUCGAUAAGGUUGAGGAUGUCGGACAGGAGCUAGGUGUGCGGGCUAAGCCUACAUUCAUGCUAUUCAAGGGUGGGGACAAGAUCACUGAGGUUGUUGGGGCUCACUUGAUUGCCGUUGAGGAGGGAAUCAAAACUCAUCUUGUUUGA